AUGGACACCCAACAACAGACGCUGGCAGAACUCAUACGCCAGGCAAAGAGCAACCAAACUGACAUCAACGCAGUGUUUGCCUCCCUUAGCGACGUGAACAGACAGGUCAGGAUCGAUGUAGACGACUUCUGUGGUAUCCUGUCUAACGUCACUGAUCUAUCCAGGAGUCAAGUACAAAAAGAGGCACAACCUCAUCCCAAAAAUGCAUGA